CCCGGCCUGCCCCGCGCGGCGGCCAUCAUGGCGUCGGUGUGGGCAACCCUGAGGCUCGGAGGGGGUCGUUGCACCAGGCCGCGGCUGACCGGAAGGAGGCCCGUCCCGCCCCCAGGACCGGCCGGGACAAGGCUUUAUUCUGGAGCUGCAUCCCUCCCGAAGACAACGUCGGAUCCCACGGGUACCGAAGAGGAGAUUGUCAUUCCAAAAAGGAAAACGUGGGAUAAAUUAGCCGUUCUCCAAGCCUUGGCGUCCACGGUAAACAGGGAUCCUACAGCUGCCCAUUAUGCAUUUCAAGAUGACCCUUUCCUCAUCCCUACAUCCUCUAACGAAUCUCGCUUGUUCUUAUUGGCAAAGGAGUCUGGGAAGAAAGCAGCACAAUACGUUAUCAGAACAUACCCAAAAUUCUUUGAAAAGGACAUAGCUGAUCCUCAUAUUCCGUGCCUGAUGCCCGAGUACUUUGGACUGCACGUCGAGCCUCAGAUCGAGGAAAUAAGUGAGGCGGCCCUGCAAGAGCGCGUCCAGCUUCGGAAAGUGAAAGCUUCAGUUGACAUGUUUGACCAGCUCCUACAAGCAGGAACCCCUGUGUCACUGGAAACAGCAAACCAACUUUUGGAUUUAUUGUGCUUCUACGGCGACCAAGAGCCCCCAAGGGAAGGUCAGCCUCGGCAAAGUGAAGAAUUGGGAGAAGCGAUAACUCAGGAGGAAGACCCAGAAGAGGAAAAUGAGACGACAUCUAGGCGGAGAGGCGUUGGUCAGUUUGGAAUGAGUUGGAGAGCCAACAACAAUGCAGAAAGGAUCUUCAGCCUAAUGCCAGAGAAAAAUGCCCAUUCCUAUUGCACGCUGAUCCGCGGAAUGGUGAAGUACAGAGCUCACAAGAAGGCGUUCGACAUGUACACAGACCUGUCGAACGACCGGCUGAGAGCCGACGUGCACGCCUUCAAUGCCUUGAUUGAAGCGGCAGCGACAGUGAAAGAUCUCCAUGAAGAAAAGUGGGCUCUUAUGGUGGAUCUCUUGAAGCAAAUGGCCGCCCAGAAGGUGAAGCCCAACCUGCAGACUUUUAACACCAUUCUGAAGACCCUGAAGAAAUUUGGCAUGGCUGGGAGGAUCCCUGCCUUACAGACUCUGAAUGAAAUGAAAGCCGUCAACAUAGAACCUUCACUGGCCACAUACUACCAUCUCCUUGAGAUCUUUUAUAAACACAUUCCAUCUACCAAAGGACCGGCCCCGAUGAUCUACGAAAUAAUGAAUGAAAUACAAGGAAAGAGGUUUUUUCCACAGGAUCUAGAUGACGAUAAGUUCUUUCAGGCUGCAAUGAGGGUGUGCUUUUCCCUGAAGGAUCUGGAACUUGCCUAUCAAGUACACGACUUGAUGCGGACGGGAGACAACUGGAAAUUCAUCGGCAAUGACAGUCAGCGGGUCUUCUAUUACGGCAAGUUCUUUGGCCUCCUGUGCCUGAUGGAGCAACUGGACGUGACCUUGAAGUGGUACAAGGAGCUGAUCCCUUCGGUCUACUUUCCUCACGCCCAAGCCAUCGUGGAUCUCCUCCAGGCCCUGGACAUGGGGAGCCAGCUAGACAUGAUCCCCCAGAUCUGGAAAGAUAGCAAAGGGUUUGGUGUCUCUGGGCGAGCGGAGGUGAAGGAGGAGAUCCUGGAGCUGAUGGCGAGAGAUAAACACCCCCCGGAGCUGCAGGCGCUGUUUGCCGACUGUGCCGCCGACAUCAAGUCGACCCACGAAAACCAAGACGGAGGGCGGGGGCCUUCGGAGUGGACGGCCAGAUCCCUGUCCAAUAUCGCCAUCCUGUUCCUGAGGGCCGGAAGGACCCAGGAAGCUUGGAAAAUGUUGGGGCUCUUCAAGAAACAAAACAGGAUUCCCAGAAGCGAACUGCUGAACGAGUUCUUGGACAGCGCGAAGGAACACAACAACCCAAGUCAAGCCGUGGAAGUGGUGCAGCUGGCCGGUGCCCUCAUCUUACCCAUUCACGAAGCGCUCGCCCAGAGGGUGAUGUCUGACUUCCCGCUCUCCGAAGAACAGAAGAAGAUCCUGGAAGGCUUGAGAGCAGACUCCGACAGUGACAGUGACAGCGACGAAGACUGAAGGCUUGGCCUGUUCCCGUCCACCCCCGUCGGCGAGGACAGGCGGCCGGAGCUUCCCGUGCCCAGGCUCUACAUUGUGUUUCGACGCAGCGGGCGGGCAUCUGUUACUCUUAACUUGAAGGGCAACUCCGCCGAUGAAUCUCCUGGGGCAUUUUGAGCCGCCCUCCGAGGCGUGGACAAGUGUCCGUGAGUGUAUUUUGUACAGGACCUGAUAAACGAGUCAGUUGAACGGAGAAG